AUGUCCAACACUCAACAACCUAUUAAAGUCGGUAUUAUCGGUACUGGCAUCUUUGCUUACCGUCACUUGCGCGCUUACCAAGCAUUGGGAGCCGAAAAAUAUCAGUUGGUGGCAUGUGCCAACCGUUCCCGGGAUAAAGCGGUGAAAUUUGCUGCUGAGGCGGGUAUCCCAGAGUCAGCCAUUUAUUCGGAUCCUCUGGAAUUGAUCAACGAUCCUAAUGUGGAACUCAUUGACACUCUUUUGCCGGUUCAGUACAACCGCGGUAUCGUCGAAGCCGCUAUUGCCGCCAACAAGCAUAUCAUUUUUGAGAAGCCCAUUGCGGCUUCUUUGGAGGAUGCUCGCAAAAUUGUGUUGGCAGCACGCAAGGCCAAGACCGUAGUGGCUGUGGCCGAAAAUUGGGCUUAUCAUCCUUUGGUUACGGCGGUUGGUUCGUUCAUCGAAAAGGGCGGUAUUGGUGAAAUCGUCAAUUUCACCUAUGACUCCACUCGUCCCUACAGUCCAAAUUCCCCUUACUAUGCAACCAACUGGCGUAUGAACCCAGAACAUCCAGGAGGCUAUCUUAGCGAUGGUGGUGUCCACGAUAUGUGUCAUCUGAAGAUCGCUUUGGGAUGGUUCGAUACAGUGAGCGCAUUCACCACCAAGCGACACACGGUUCAUGGUGCCGAUGACACAUUGGCCAGUACGGUCCGAUUGAAGAACGGUGCUAUUGGUGUCGCCAACUUUACUUUCUGUUCCGCAGGCAUGAAAAGUUUGCGCCUGGAGAUCCACGGUACCAACGGCAGCAUUAUUCUUAAAAACGACACAGAUGUGGAGCUGUUUAAUGAGCAAGGAGAAUCUGUGGACACGCAGUAUAUAAAGGAUCUUGCCCAGGAAGUGUCGAGCGGCGGAUUCACUGAUGUGGAAGGUGAACUGUACAAUUUGUAUCAAACCUUACGUCACGGAGCCAAGCUCGGUAUUUCUAUCGAUGACUGUUUCCACCACUUGGCUUUCUUCAUUGCUGCUUUGGAAUCUGCACGUGAAAUGAAGGCCGUAAAGUUACCAGAGAUUGAGGAAUAGAAAUAGAAAAUAAAAAACCGAACGCUUCAUGCUAAUGACGAAGAUUGUCUGUCAAGUAAUUCCCAUUGGUCGUCGUCGUCAUCGUCGUAUUGAGCUGGAGCGUGGUAUCGCCAAGUCUUAUUUUCUCUACCACCUGGAAUCCAUCGCAACAGUCCCGAGCCACGUAGCAGGCUUUGACCAACUAGGGGAAAAAAGCAACCCAUGUUUAGCCCAACACCCGUCAGCAUAUAAAAUAUGAGAAAAAAGAGCUUUUACCACAUGUGCCACAGCAGAAACACCAGCAGAGACCUGACAGAAACAGUAGGCAAAUACCUAAUAUCAGCAGUGACAGCUCUAGAU